GUUUCCAAAUGUUUCAAAACCAGUUGCUCACAGCAACCUAGAGUAUGAAAAGGCGUGCCUAUUGUUUACCAUGGCGUCUAUUUACAGCACGUUGGGAUGCCAAGAAAAUAGAGUAUCAACAGAAGGCAUCCGAAAGACGUGUAAUUACUUUCAGGCAUGGAAAUAUUUCUUUUUUAGCAUGCUGCAGGGUGCUUCCGAUACAUUGAACGGGAACUCAUGCCAAAUUUGAGACCCGAUCUGAGCUCGAAUAUGUUGGAUGCCUUGACUUCGCUGAUGCUGGCACAAGCUCAAGAAGCCGUUUGGCAUAAAGCCAUUAUGGAACAUAUGAAAUCCGGCACCGUCGCCCGUUUGGCAAUCAAAGUGGCGGAUUACUACAGCAGCGUCCUCAGUGACAAAUCUGUAUGCGAACUACUUCCUUCCUCUUGGCAUACUUACAUCCGCAUCAAAGCAGCUUACUAUACUGCCACAUCGCAGUAUAAUAAAGCAAACGAAUGCAUAUCCCUCUCCCGCUACGGCGAAGAAAUCGCUCGUUUACGGCUCGCCGCGUCUUUCAACCGUCAGGCGUUGGAAGCGAUCGAAUCGGGUUCCAGCUUUCUUCGCGGCAGUCUAUCCAUCAACGCGACGCUUGUGAACAAAGUCGAAACGCUCGAAAAAUCCAUCCACGCCGACCUGCUACGAGCUGAAAAGGACAAUGAUCUGGUGUAUAUGGAAACAGUACCGCAAGUUAGCCUGUUACCUCCUAUUCUCAGAUCAGAUAUGGUGAAACCCGUCAUGCCAUCUGCCAUUACCAAUCCUACACAAUACAUCAAAUCCUCAGCAGGCGAAUUCAAUCGUCCCUUGUUCGAGAGUCUCGUACCUCUCGCUGUGCAUCAAGCAGCCAGUGUUUACGCCGAUCAAAAAGAGCAGAUCAUGGACGUGGAUAUUGCCGGCAAAUAUCAAGUUAUACAGCGGGAUUAUGAAAGUUUGAUGCAAUCACUGGAUCUUCCACGAGCGCUGGAUAUUGUCGAUCCCAAUGUAUUACCCACUUCCUUGGUCCUCUGCAACGAAGAAGUUCAACAUGGAGGCGGGAUUCGGGCUAUUCGAGACAUGAUCAACAAUGUGCAAACCAUGUCGUUAAAGGCAGCAGAUAUUGUUGACGAAGGAUUUGAUGCUAUUGAAGAAGAGAAUAAUCAUGAUGAAAUUCUGCGACGACAGUACGGUAACUUGUGGACGCGACCUCCAUCUCAGCUAUUGACCAAGGCCCUAUUAACGGAAGGCUCAAAGCACCACGACACCAUUCAAGCGGCCCAAAAGGCGGAUCGCAUCGUGCGCGCGAAGCUUGGAAGCUGGAGUCGACCUAUUGAAAUGUUAUCACGACCGGUCGAAGAGAUGAAAGACAGUUUACCCUCCAUUGUCAGCGACGAGUCACACUAUACCCAGUUGCAAAAUCUCAUCGAUCGCUUGCGCAAAUUAAUACAAGAAAGUGAAGAUGCAGCAAAAUUCCGGCAACAUCUGGUGGAAGAUGCUCGUAAGUUGGCGGCAGAAGAUGAUAUUUCGGAAGCAUUGCUGGCGAAAGCUUCAGAACUUACGGGAGGCAUUCCGACCGUCAAGAUCGAACCGGAACAGUUUAAGGGUGUUUUCACUCAAGAACUUAAAAAGUACGGCAAGUUCCAGCUGGAUAUGAAUACAUCGGUGGAUGCGCAAGUAGAUCGAUUGGAAACCAUGCAGCAAGUCUAUGAAGAAUUCGCCAUGAUUGUUCGGUCUAGCGACGGCGCAGCCAAACGACAGAAAGCGAUUCAAAACUUAGAAAUGGGAUUUGACAAAUUUAAAGAGAUCCGAACCAAUCUAGUAGAGGGUAUUAAUUUUUACUCAAAGUACAUGGAUACGUUGACGAAAUUCAAGAACAGUUGUGUGGACUUUGCCAUGGCCAGAAGAAUGGAAGCUUCCGAGCUCGCACGUUGAAGGAUGGAGUGGGGUAUGGUCCCGUAUGCACCACUUUCGCUAUCACAUAUAUAAAUCAAGACACAUACAUCUAUCAAAAUAAUACAUCGUGAUUCCCUGCUUAUCAACAAAUGAUCUUUCAAAACUAUUAAUAUGAACUGACAUUCAGUAAAUAAAAACUUUCCGUUGGCAAGGCCAUAGCAUCGCUAAAUUGUUGUUUCAUUUCACAAGCACGUGCCACACGACCGAAAAAACAACAGUUUGUAUCUAAGCAAAAAACAGCAUCUAGUUUUGAUGCAUUAUUUCUUAUCGAUGAUAACAUGUUAAUUGCUUUGUGUGCAGAGACAGUGGGAGUAAAAUAGAUGGAUUGUGUUUCCAAAUGGAAAUCACCCAAGAGCGGCAUUUCAAG